AUUCCUCCCACUGACACCAAUGAUGGAGCACUAUUCCUCCCACUGACACCAAUGAUGGGACACACUAUUCCUCCCACUGACACUAAUGAUGGGACACUAUUCCUCCCACUGACACCAAUGAUGGGGCACGAUUCUUCCCACUGACACCAAUGAUGGGGCACUAUUCCUCCCACUGACUAAUGAUGGGGCACUAUUCCUCCCACUGACUAAUGAUGGGGCACUACUCCUCACACACUGACACUAAUGAUGGGGCACCAUCCCCAUCAUUGGAAUACCAUACUGAAAUACCAUACCAUAUUGAAAUCAAAUCUGAUG